AAGUGAAGUUUUACCUGCUAGAGGUCUUUGGGUGGGCUCAGCGAGGUGUUUUUCACGCGCUGAAUAGCUAAUUUUUAAUAUUUACAAAGGCCAUAUGUGUACAAACAGAGACUGUGACACUUUAAAUAUAAUAACAACUUUUAAUUUAUUACUUCAAUUUACAUGAGUAGUGCUUCCUCAAAUAUAAAAUGGUUAAAAAAGAAAGGAAUCACUCACAUUCUCGUCACAGGAGCGAUGCUCCCUUGCAACUUUCCUGAGGACUUUAGAUAUAAAGUUAUAUUCUGCCUCGACACUCCCGUUCAAAAUCUUCUAGUCAAAUUCGAGGAUGCCCACGCCUUUAUAGAUGAGGGCCGGGCUUCUGGAGGUGUUUUAGUUCACUGCAGGUAUGGCAGGUCGAGAAGCGUCUCCUUUGUAAUUUCCUACUUAAUGAGAAUCUUCAAGAUGCCAUUCAACGAAGCCUUUAAUACUGUCGCAAAGGCUAGGCCCGACAUCUCCCCUAAUUACGGGUUUGAGGAACAGUUACGUCUUUACGAAACCAUGAAAUGCAGGAUUGACGAGACUCAUCCAAGCUAUAUGCUUGUUAUGAAAAACACUAUGCCUUGAACGAAACAACAAUGUAGCAAACAAAUAUAAAAUAUGGAAGGCUGGAGCCUCCCAUUUUAGUUUAAGAAAAAGUUAAGUUAUAGAAAGCCUGCAUUUAACUGGCAAUUAUUUUUAGUUAGUUGCUUUUAGAAAAUUAUAUGGUUGGGGUUGUUUUAGAAUUACUGUAUAAACUUAUUUCCGGUUAAAGAGAAGAACCUAUUUAGCAGAAAUUCUUAUUGCAAAGUAAACUGUCUUUUCUGUCAGGUCUAUGUUUAUUCGAUAGACUGUCUAGAGCUUAAAAGUGAGCAAAAAAGGCAAGUUUAU